AGCGGUGUCACACUGAAAAGAGACGUAUUUAACCAAACAAUUGAUUAUGAAUCGCUAUUUAUACAAAGAUAUACGAGGGAUGAGAAUUCAUUCCUGUCUAGAAUGAGUAUUUUGUUCACGUCCGAGGGAAAGAGCGUCAAAUUAUGUGAUUGUUCUCGUCAUCACCGUCGUUUGCAGGUUUGACGCAGAGGUCAUGAGGCAGCGUGUUAGCCACACAUGCUAACACAGGCUAACACAUGCUGUAAAUGUGAGUAAACAAAGUCAAAGCACACGAGUGAAGAGUAACGUCCCUGAACAACACGGGGGGGCAGUGACAUGGUUUGAAAAUGGAGGAAUAGUUCGCCAUGGAGGUCGUGAGACAGCAGAUCCACUCCCUCAGAUCUAUAUCAUGCCAGUUUUACACGACACAUCUAUAAAGGGCUUCUUCCUUGAGCGACAGUGGGAGGGCCCCAUCCAACCAGCUAAACAACAGUUUUUCACUUCUGCUUCUCUAAGGAAGUGAGGAGGCACAUGACCCGGGCCAGCUGAUACCGCAGUUGUAAAAACAACACAGAUGACAGCGUGAGGAAACAGAGUGAGGAAACUCCCAGAUGGCUCUCACACAAGUACAGGACCAGACUGUCAAAGGGGAGAGAAUCAAUAAGGAAACCGGCGAGCUGAGUGCUUCAGGGGAGUUGUCUGUCUCUGUGGAGUUGAAGGAGCAGAAAGUAGAAGGCUCCUGUAGGAACCUUCAACUGCCACAAGAGCUCAGACAGCAAAUACAGGAACUUGGAGGUUACACAUGCUCCAGCCUCGACCACCGAACUGACCAUGUUCCUUUAGAGCAAAGAGAGGAGCUGCUAGUCAAAGUCCUGCCUCUCUACAUACAGGUCUGUGAGGAUGGUGGCAGACUUGAAGUUCUGGAUGUCAAGGGGCUUGCAGCUCUCACUGCUGACACGGUCAUCCUCAACAUCCACAGCAGACUCAGAGAUCGGCCUGCAGAGGGGGCUCGUGAAGAGGUGGUGCGGUUCUUCCAGAGGCUGGACGAGAACAGAAAGUGUGAAAUAGGAGAAAGUCUGGGCUGGCUCCUGUUAAAGUCCCUUUUGCUGCUGACAGCUGACAGCUCAGAUAUAUUGUCCUGUAUAAAUCCAGGGCUCCCUGUUGCUUUGGUGAAAUGUCUGUACCUGCUAGUGUGCCUGCCAGCCAAAAAGGGGAACACGGCCAUAGAAGACACAUUUCAGGAGCCGCUAACCCAGGUUCUCCUCCAGCUCUGUCGACAGCCAGUCAAUGUGGUGACACUAGUGGAAACUCAGGAACUGCAGUGUCUCAUCAUUGGCCUCACAUCCCUAUGGGAUCAGACCAGCGCCGCCUGGAGGCACCAAGCCUCCCGCGUCCUUAAGGCAGUCUCUGCUGCUGCAACAAGCAACACUGUCUCAAGCUUGCAAGGCAAGAACUGUGUGCGGAUCUGCAUCCAGAAUCUGCUUCAUAUCGGUGCUGACGUCUCUGGACCGCUGCUCGCUGAAGUGGCUGUAGCGGUGUUUAGCUUCAUUAGAGACACCUAUCCCAUCAAUGCCGCUCUCUUCACUGAGUUUGACACCAACAGCGGCUACCAGGCCCUUGAGAACAUCCUCACACGCUGUGAGGAGGGUGUGUCCGAGGAUCAUUUUCAGCCUGUGGAGGAGUUGCUGGCUCUCAUUGCAUCUUUCACUCUGCUCGGAAAAACAGAGCUAAAAGUGGCUCUUUGUGUCACCAACCCCCAGCCUCCGGGCUUCAAGUUUGAUCCAGCACUUACCAAAGGUUUAGCAGUAAAGAACCUGAAGGCCUUCCAGCUGCUGCAGGCCUCCUUGCUGCGUUCCCACGAUUCUCUGAUGAGCUGCCAGCUUCUUCGAACCCUGCAGACAAUUUGGGAGAGGGAUCCGGCCAAUUUCUUUCUCUUGGAGUGGACUGUCCAGUCGAUGGCUCAGGUGGCUGCCUGUGUGUGGCGUAAACCAGCACCUGCCCAAAAACUUUUCUUUUCACUGCUGGAGAUGGUGGUAUUUAAGUUGAACUACAUUCCCCAUGAGGCCUUACGUGCACUACUUGGUGUGCUGAAGCAGAUUUGGGCUGGGGCUCUGGCUGGAGGGGUGGUGGGAACAGUGUUUGGAGUGGUUGCUCUUAAAUGCUUUCAUAGGAUGACAUUGCACAGUGGUAUGCUAGGUGAAGUGUUGAGUGACUGGGGUCUUCUAGAGCUGCUGCUCGGGGAACUUCGUAGGAGAGCUAAGAUCCUCAGGAAGGCUGGAGUUGUGUCCUCCUCUCAAAUAAAUCCCCAGACAGUGCCAUCUGUGGAAGACCGUGAGAGAUUGCUCACUACCUGUAUGCUUCAAGUUGUGUCAACACUUACUUUGCGUUCAAUUAAAAACACAGUGUCAGUGCGAGACCUUGGGAUGGUUCCCUACAUAAAGAUCUUCUUGGAUGAAGAUCAGUAUCGAGGUCCCACUCUGAGUAUUUUGGAGCAGCUAGCUGAGAUAAACCCAGAAGAGUUCAUGAGUACAGCCAUAGGAGCCAUCUGCUCCUCAACACAGCAGGAACUCAGGUUGAAGUGGGACCUUUUGCAGUCUGUGCUGAAGGUCCUGGAGAGUCCCAACAGCUGGGACGCCUUCAGGAGAGCAGGAGGCUUCACCGGACUGCUGUCUCUGGUGAUUGACAUGGAUGGAGCUCUGUCUGACCCUCCACAAGGAGAAGUGUGGAAGUCCUUGGGGCAUCAAAAGCUGCUGGACCUCCUCCUCCUUGCUUUUCACAUCAUCGCCUUGGCUGUGCAUCUUCACACAGUGAAUGCACACCAUUUUGAGACUGGCGGCUUUUAUGAAAGGCUGGCAGAUGCUCUGCUCCAGCUCGGCUGCUUCCACACUGAAAGCCCCAAGAAAGAGACCUGGGAUGCUGAGCAGGGCCCCUGUCCUGAGACUGCAGGGGACAGUCGGGCUCCUGGAAAGAGCUUCCACCAGUUUGUUGAUUUGGCAGAAGCUGCUGAAGCUCCCUCCUCUAACUCCACCACACUGCAGCACAAUCUGCCUGUUACUCUUCGGAUCUGUAUAAAGCUGCUUUCGUUUCUUGACCAGUUUGCAGCAGGUGCCUUCUCUUCUCAAGAAUUAAACUUGGGACUAGAGCCCGAGAGUGGGUCUGAUGUAGAUAAAGAGAAACUAAAUAGACCAGCAGGAUACGAAGUUGUGUGUUCAGGGUCCCCCCCUGCCCGUGCAGGAUCAAGCCCACAGUCAGUGGUGGACACACAGGGAGGAACCAGGAGCACAGCUUCAAGUAUUUCUACAGUCUGCACAGAGUCUCACUCCAGUAGGUUCACUCGUGAUCAUGUUAUUCUUCAUCCAGGAGCAGUCAGAGUUAUGAUGACUCUCCUUCCUGCAGUGUUUACUCCCCAGGACCCACAGCUCUCUAUGGAGAUCCAGGUUUCAUUGGCAAACCAUGUCCAGGCCAUGGUCAAACCUGAGCGAAACCGGCAGAUAAUGUGCGAGGGCGGGCUGUUGUCCACGCUCCUGGUCCACUGUCAGAGCAUGUUGUUGAUUCCAAACCACCCGUUACAUCUACCUAUUACACGUAUCUUGGAAAAGCUCUCCUCCCAGUCCAUCACACAUUCAGACUUCAGAAAGUUCCUGUGUUUAGGAGACCCUCUUAUGUGCUUGGCAGACAAAACAGCAACGCAAACACAGCAAGCUCCUGCAUUAAAUGAAACAGAGACAGAUGGUGCAGCAGGAUCUUCAGUAAAGACUCUGAAGCGGACCUUCAGCUUGUUGCAGUCUACAGCUCACAGUGAAUCCACAGUUGGUUCUUCAAUCCCCGUCCAUCAGAUCAUUAGUCUGGUAUCCAUGACAUCACCGCGCACCUUCAGACCACACAGAGUCUCCUCCUCACCUGCCUUUGUAGAGUUUGACAUGAGUGAGAGUGGAUAUGGCUGUCUCUUCCUUCCCUCUCUGGCUACAGUGAAAGGAGUGACUGCUGAUUCAAUUUCAACAGGUGGAAUUGGAGGAGACUGCAGGGGUUUUCCACCUAUAGCUGGUCUCUCGUUUUCCUGCUGGUUCCAGAUCAACAGGUUCAGUUCAGCCUGUGAUUCACACCCAAUCCGUCUGUUGUCAGUGGUUCGCCACAUGUCCCGGACUGAACAACAGUACAUCUGCCUGUCAAUCUCCUUCUCAGCCUAUGAUGGCUGUCUGGUAAUUUCCACGGAGGAGGAGGCAUUUACAUUCCUGGAUAUGAUGGAGCCAGAAGUUUGCACUCCCACUUCUUUGCCUGCAUCACUGAGGCUGCGCUGCUCCAGCAUGCUGGUCCCAGGUCAGUGGCACCAUCUGGCUGUGGUCAUGUCCAAAGACGUGAAGAAGAGCUGUAUGACCUCAGCAUACUUCAAUGGCAAGGCGUUGGGGACAGGAAAGAUGAGGUAUAUUCAGCCUUUCCCUGGUCAGUGUGUCUCCAUGGACCCGACAGCUGUGGUUGAUGUGUACGGACUGAUAGGAACACCAGCUCUCUGGAAGGAACAUGCGGCUCUUGUGUGGCGAGUGGGUCCUUCUUACCUUUUUGAAGAGGUUUUGAGUCCGGAGGCAGUGGGUGUCAUAUACACCCAAGGCACUGCCUAUCUAGGCAACUUUCUGGCUCUGCGUAACACAGGUGAUCAGCCAGAGUCUCUCCCUCUCAGGCUGGUUCCUGAGGAAAGGAUUUCAUUUGGUAUCAACCCAGCAAUUUCUACAUUAACGACUGUUGUACAGAUCAGAGAGGAUUACAAUGAGGUGGACUGCAGACUGAUUGCUAAAGAGAUGGGGAUAACUUCUCGUGAUCACUCCACGCCUGUGUUCCUUGCACGAAACAUCAGCCAGCACCUGAGUGGUACAGCUCGCACCAUAGGAGCAGCGCUGGUUGGACAUUUUGGUGUGCGUACAUUCACUCCUCGCAGUGCACCUAAUGCUUUCCUGUAUGUUGGUGGGCCUGCAGUUGUUCUCACUCUUGUUGCAAUGGCUCCAGAUGACAGCUCUUUGUAUGCAACUGUUAAAGUUCUGCUUUCUGUGCUGGAGACCAACUCUGCCAUGCAAGAGGAAAUGAAACGCAUCAACGGAUACAAGCUGUUAGCUUUCCUGCUGAAGAUGAAGAGAAGUCUGGUCAGCAACAGAACCCUUCAGUUGGUUCUGUAUCUUGCAAAUUCAGUGGAGCUGAGCUCUGAAUCUGGUUGCCUACAAAACACACCUGCUUUCCAAGCGCUGCUGUGUGACCUCGAGGUGUGGCAGAACACAUCUGAGAAUUUGGACCUUUUAGUUCUGAACCACUUAACUGAGAUCCUGAAAUCCUCAAGUGACAGCAAGAGUGCUGAGGUCAUGCACUCUAUAGGCCUGCUACCAAAGCUGCUCUUUGAGCUGUCUGAUCCCAAUGUAAACUUUCGGAAGGUUGCGGUCAUUUCCAGUGUUAUUUCAUCCCUCCUAAAAGCUCACUUCACCCCCCUGGACAUGAGCAGACUUGGGCUCUUCCUGGUCUACACACUGCCUCCACUUAGUGACAAGACUGAAGACAUGGAGAUAUCUGACAGUGAUCUUUCCCUGGAAACACCAGCUCAGAGCACUGGUCCAGCCAGCCUCAUCUGGAUCCGCAACCAGCUGUUACUGGUACUUUGUGAAAUCCUCGACUCAGACAGCCUUCUAACCAAAGAUCAGCAGAAACAAGCGUUUGAUUCCCUGGGCAGUGAUUGGUUCCUGCUCUUCCUUCAGCCCCAUCUUCACCCUUCUACCUUGAAACUGGGUCUCGUCUUGCUCACACACUUUCUUUUCAAUCCGGACCAGCAGAGCAACUUCAGAGAAAGCGUGCUCCCAGGAGCACUCAUUAAAGGCAUGGCAGAACCCGUUACCGUCAUGGGUAAGUUUUGCCCUGAUGGUGCAUCGCUGGAACAGAGGAAGAUUUUCCAGACGGAGCUACUGGAGUUGAUGAUGGACAUCAUUCACAUGCUCAGCCAUGACGAUGAAAACAACACUCAUCUCAACUCACAAGACUCGAAUAAGAGGCGUGAAGGACUGAUGGGCAUGUUGAUGGAGAAUGUGGUGCUCUUCACUAAGACUCUGCUGCACAAACUUUACAGUGGAACAUUCUUGGGAGACUCUGACACUUUGCUCAACUUCCUCACAGAUCAGAUUGUGGUGGCUCUGGAGAAAGGCCAAACUCAGAAAGAGAAGAUGGUGUCUGCCCUCUACUCGUGCACCAAUGAAGUCCUGCUUUAUUUCUUGUCUCAACCGCGUAAUUCCCAAGAAGAAAAGCAAGGAGUCAUCAGGACAUUACAGACCUUCAUGGAACGCUGGGAUGUUGUCAUGGCAACUUACAAUGCAAACGUGAACUUUAUUUCAUGCCUUCUUCAUUGUCUGUUACUGAUACGAUCUGGCAGCUACCCUGACGGAUUUGGAUGUUCUGUGCAAAAACGUCAGAAGAGGUCGUUAUCCUUUCACCUAUUUCCUACCAAAGUCAAACAUCCUGCAGGCCUCAGAAAAAGAGCAGACACCACCACAGAUGGCAGAGAACUAGUGUCCUUAGCAGAGGCCUGUUGGUCAAAGGUCAUGGUGGAGAGGCAACACAUGCUUGAAGAGACAUAUAAGAUCGAGAUCUCAGCGACACACAGAACGAAGAAAGGGUCUGUCAGCAUGACUGAUAUCAGCCCUCUCUGGGAGGAGAUGGCACACAAAGCCUGGCUGCUACACAUAGAAUCUCAGAAGAAGAAGGUGGAGAGCAGUACUCAGAAGUCGUUUGGUAUGAUCAGCAAUGCAGUUCGCUCAGCUUGGGGCAGACCAAACAAAGCUUCAGUAACGGUCGAGGAGUUUCUGACCUGCAUGGAGUCACAUCGACACAGAGGCCACAGCAUUUUUCAGAAUAUGAAGACGAACCACUUACAGUUACAAGCCAGCAAGUGGGAGCAAGCAAGCUCUAAGUGGCUGCGCGUGGAAGCCGAGUUGCUGAGGGAGAGAGCUUUAUUUGGACCUGGCCCAGGAGUGCUGCUGACGCGAGACUGGGUGCAAGAUGCUGCCGAAGGACCCAAUCGGACCAGAUCACGCAUCCGCAGAAAGACUUUGAGGCAAUCCAGACGGGUGCUAGGAACGCUGUGUCUGGGCUUAAGGACUGGCACAUGUGAGGAGAACAAAAAUAAAACAGAUGGAGACACAGAGCCCAAGAUGCUGUUUGAAGUUGGCGCUGAGGCUAAAGAGGAUGGAGAGGAGAGAGGGCAGGAUUGUUUGACCUUUUUCCCUGUUCUAAAUGAGACACCGGCUGUCAAUGAGAGUUCACCUGACCCUUCAACCCUCGAACCCUGCUCCCAAACACAAGACUGCCCUGACAUACGCAUAAUCCUGCAGGAGUUGCACCCUGGAGAGGAGGUAAAGGCUAAGAUGUUUGUAGUGAUGGUGAGUGGCCUCAGAGUGACGGAGGGGGUGCUGCUGUUUGGUAAAGAAAGCCUGUUCCUGUGCGAGGGAUUCACUCUCAGUCCUACUGGAGAUAUUUGUUGCAGGAAACACCAUCCCAGCAGUGUGAAGGAUUCCUUCCUCUCCACCAUGCUGAGUAAAGAGCUGCCAUCAGCCAGCUGUAGACGCUGGCUCUAUGAGGACAUCAAGGAGGCCCACUUCAUGCGUUUCCUUUUGGAGGACAAUGCUAUCGAGGUCUUUAUGAAAAACGGACACUCAGCUUUCCUUGUAUUCCUGAAUAAAGACCAAGUCUCUGCAUAUAAAAGGUUGUGCACGGUAGUGUCGGCAUUGAAAGGCAGAGGGGUCACUGAGGUCAUUGCUAAUGCCAGAAAGGCUCCUGUGGUUGAGAAGGCAGCCCUUGCUAAAUGGCAGAAAGGGGAAAUAAGUAACUUUGAGUACUUGAUGCAACUGAACACCAUCGCUGGGAGGACAUACAAUGACCUGAUGCAGUAUCCAGUGUUUCCCUGGGUCCUAGCUGACUACCACUCAGAGACACUUGAUCUGUCAAAUCCUGCAAUUUUCCGUGAUCUGUCUAAACCAAUGGGAGCUCAGACAGAGAAACGAAAACAAAUGUUCAUCCAAAGAUAUGAAGAAGUGGAGAACAGUGACGGAGAAUUGUCAGCACGUUGCCACUACUGUACCCACUACUCCUCAGCCAUCAUCGUGGCCUCCUUCCUCGUCAGGAUAGAGCCGUUUUCACACACCUUCCAAUCACUGCAGGGAGGAUUUGACCUCCCAGAGCGGAUGUUUUUCAGUGUGAAGAAGGAGUGGGAGUCAGCCUCCAGAGACAACAUGGGGGAUGUCAGAGAGCUGAUCCCAGAGUUCUUCUACCUGUCUGACUUCCUGCUGAACUCCAACAACAUGAAGCUGGGCUGUAUGGAGGAUGGUACGGCUCUGGGAGAUGUGGAACUGCCUCCAUGGGCUAAAGGCGACCCCCAGGAGUUCAUUAGAGUCCAUCGAGAGGCCUUGGAAAGCGACUAUGUGAGUUCCCACCUCCACCAGUGGAUCGACCUCAUUUUUGGGUUUCGGCAACAAGGUCCAGCUGCAGUAGAAAGUGUCAACAUGUUCCAUCCGUACUUCUACAUCCAGAGAGGCCGGCAUAAUUCUAAGGACCCCCUCAUUAGGAGCACGAUCUUAGGAUACAUUACCAACUUUGGCCAGGUUCCCAAACAGCUUUUCACCAAACCACAUCCACCACGCCAUGGCUCUAAGAAAGAGGGAUUGUCAACACCCCAUCCAACUCCAUUUUUCUUCAGACUGGACAGGCUGAAGACCACUACACAUCCAUUCAGAGAGCUGCCGAGGGGCCCAGUGGGUCAGAUACUGUGUCUGGAAAAAGAAGUGUUGGUGCUGGAGAAAAACCGUCUCCUCCUGUCGCCUCUGUCAACCUGCUUCUUUAGCUGGGGCUUCCCUGACAACAGCUGUGCCUUUGGAAACUAUAGCACAGAGAAGACGUUUGCAGUGUGUGAGAGUUCAUGUGACUGGGGCACGAUGUUGUGCGCGGCCUGUCCAAACCCGACGACCGUCAUCACUGCAGGAACCAGCACAGUGGUGUGUGUGUGGGAUGUCGCAGUCAACAAGGACAAACUCACUCACAUGAGACUCAGACAGCCGUUAUACGGUCACACAGAUGCAGUGACAUGUCUGGCGGUGUCUGAGGUCCACAGCCUGAUAGUAAGUGGCUCCUGCGACCUCACCUGUAUCCUGUGGGAUAUGGAGGAGUUAAGCUACAUCACCCAGCUAGCAGGACACACAACCAGCAUCUCUGCCCUGGCUAUCAAUGACCUCACCGGUGAGAUUGCGUCAUGUGCAGGACCUCAGCUCUACCUGUGGACCAUGAACGGUCAGCUGUUGACCUGCACUGACACUUCCUGCGGGCCCCGGGCUGACAUCCUGUGUGUGAGCUUCACUCAGCGACACGAGUGGGACACUAGGAAUGUUAUUGUUACUGGCUGUGCAGAUGGCAUCAUACAGAUAUGGAAGACGGAGUACACCAGAACACAAUUACCUGGCCCUCCAGAAGAGCCUGUGUCCCCAGGGCAAGACCAAACCGAGAGAGACGUGAGUAGCUCACGCCCGGUUAAAGGCUGGGGGAGACAUCUGGUGUCAUGCCAAGAGCUGAGCAGAAGUCAGGCUGUGUCGCAACGCCACUACAAAAAAAAUCCGGCCAUCACAGCUCUGUCCAUGUCCAGGAGCCAUGCUACUCUGUUGGCGGGCGAUGCCUGGGGCAGAGUUUUCACCUGGACCUGUGAGUGACGGGAACGUUGGAGAACAAUCAUGAGUCCAGACACCAUCACUGUUCACGUCUUCGUCCUCUGACAGAGACACAGAGAAUUCAUCUGUAUCUCAGGUCUGACACAAGCUGAGAACAGUGUUACAACAAUUCACACAUCAAGUCUCAGACAGCAUGAAUUAUGUUCCUGCUACAUAUGUAUUUAAUUCUGUAUUUUUCUGUGUAAAUAAUGAAUUUGAGCCGAUUUGAAUUAAACUGUUGAUGACAUUUGUCUAAAUGUUCUCCUUUG